UGAAUCUAAUUUCGUUCUUACAACUUCGUUUCCGGUCAUUGCUCUUCCGGCACUAACGAAUAACAUGGCCAGACUUCCAGUUGUAAGAAUUACGGCCAUACUCGGUGCCCUCUUGUUGGUAUAUUUUGUCUCUGUUAUAGCGAGACCAAAAGUCGUUUACGUCGAUACUUCAACAAAUGAAAUUGUUCACAAUUAUAUUCCCAAAGACGAGGAUGCUAGUAUUGCUGGUGUCUCUUUAGGUGAUGUGGUUCGGGAAAAGCUUCAGAAUAGCUUUGGGGGUGUCCUGGACCCAAUAAAAGACCCCCAGAAAGAAGCACAGUUGGCGUUAGCUCAAAUCGAACAAGUGAAAGAAGACAGCGCUGCUGUCGAUAAUAGCGCCAACAAAGAUUCCAAUAAAACUCCUCAAGUAGAACAAGAUAGGCUUGUUGCUGCCAAAGGAGAUAACACCAAAAGCAAUGAAGUCGAGGAAGUCAAGGUGGUCAAGGAUUCUAAUGGAAACGUCAUCGUUCCUGCACCUCCAGCACCAGACUACAUUGGCAAAGAUAAAGAUAUUCGUGCAACAUUUGUUACCUUGGCCAGGAACUCUGAGAUGUAUGAAUUGAUUAAAUCUAUUAGAAGAGUGGAAGAUCGUUUCAACCGGAAGUUCAAUUAUGACUGGGUGUUUUUAAACGAUGAAGAGUUCACCGAUGAAUUCAAAAGAUUGACUACAUCCAUUGUGAGUGGUAAAACCAAGUAUGGGUUAAUUCCUAAAGAGCAUUGGUCUUAUCCUGAAUGGGUUGACUUGGAAAAGGCUGCUAAGUCUCGGGAAGAUAUGAAGGCAGCUAAAAUCAUCUAUGGUGAUAGUGAAAGUUACCGUCACAUGUGUCGGUUUGAAUCUGGAUUUUUCUGGAGAAGUCCUUUGUUAGACGACUAUGAUUGGUAUUGGAGAGUUGAACCCGGUAUUCAAAUACACUGUGAUUUGGACUAUGAUUUAUUCAAGUUCAUGAGAGACAAUAAAAAGAGAUACGGUUUCACUAUUUCGAUCCAUGAAUUCGAAAAAACUAUUCCAACCUUAUGGGAACAUACCAAAAACUUCAUCAAAGAACACAGUGAAUAUCUUGCUCCAAAUAAUUUGAUGGACUUCAUUUCCAACGACAAUGGAGAAACCUAUAAUUUGUGUCAUUUCUGGUCUAACUUUGAGGUUGCUGAUUUGAACUUCUGGAGAUCCGAUGCUUACAGAGCAUAUUUUGACUACUUGGAUAAAACAGGUGGUUUCUUUUACGAAAGAUGGGGUGAUGCCCCAAUCCAUUCCAUCGCUGCUGCUCUAUUCUUGAACAAAGAUGAGAUCCAUUAUUUUGAUGAUGUUGGCUACAAUCAUGGUGUUUAUACACAAUGCCCCUUAAAUCCAGAUUUCAGAUUCGAACAUAAAUGUCACUGCAAUCCUGACAGCGACUUUACUUUCAGAGGAUACUCCUGUGGAAAGAAAUACUACGACGUGAUGAAAUUGGAGAGGCCUAAAGAAUGGGUUGAUUACCAGUAGUGAUUAAUAUUAUUUCUAGAGACAAGUAGUGAAUUGACAAGGGACACACUCGUAUAAUUAAGUUGGGACUGCUUUUACUGUGACUACUGUCGCAGCAAACGGCCGAGGGUAUCUUCUAUCGUAGGCUGCAGAUACAAAUGGCUGGGCAAGUUUCAUGUGCGCGUGAGAGUAACCAAACAAACCAGGGAAUAAAGACGACAACAAAGCAAGCUCUCUAAAAACGGCGAAAGAUUCGCUUGCCAUUCACUGAAAUGUUAUAAGAGCUGGAAAUGUGUUUGAUACUGCGCCCAUCACCACCGUUCUUGUAGAAGCAGUGGUUACAGGGCUUCUAUCUAGCCUUUUGUAGGAACGCGCCGCAAAAUUCAAAGUAAAUAUCGUGCCUUUCUAACCUGGAUGGCCUGGCUGCUAUUGUUACAAGCUUGGAGAUGGCAAUACCUGGGAGAAGCUUUCACAUUCGAAGAGACUUGUGAACAAUAC